UAUAAAUAUACAUUUUUCGGCCUUGUUCGGCUAUUACAACUUGGAAGUUUGCGACAAAUUGGUGGCGACAGCUUAUCCGUCAAAAAGCGUACUAUCGCAGUGUUUUGUGACACCGAGAGUAUUACGGUUGAGCCCAUGUCCAUCCAGAAUUUAAUUAACACAUUUGACCCUUUUGCGGAUGUUGUCAAGAGCUUGGAGGACGAGGUCCAAGAUGGACUCGUGCACGUGCGGAUCCAGCAGAGGAAUGGUCGAAAAACUCUGACAACUGUGCAAGGGCUCUCAUAUGAAUAUGACUUGAAGAAAAUAGUCAAGGCAUGCAAGAAGGAGUUCGCUUGCAACGGAACCAUCGUGGAGCAUCCAGAGUACGGCGAGGUGCUGCAGCUCCAGGGAGAUCAGAGACAGAACAUCUGCCAAUGGUUGGCGAAAACGGGUCUCGUCAAACCAGAACAGUUGAAGGUGCACGGUUUCUAAGUGUCUAGUUCUGUGCUGGCCGGGCGCUUAGUCAAUGUGUCAAUUGUGCAGUGUACUUGAUGUAAGAACAUUAAAUGUAUUAUCUAAUUUCACUCAGUUUUUUUAUUUCACUGUUUUCAGUCAAUUUUUCACAAAGCCUUCGAGUGUCAUGUUUCUGAGACUAUUAUAACAGACAGCUUGUCGAUCAGUCUUUGAAUAAAUUAACGAUAAAAUCAGUGUCUAGUCUUCACAGUUUUAACGAACAUUAUUAAAAAUUGGUCUCCCGAGAAAAUGGUGCUUUUUUGAUAAAGUUACAUUCCCUCAUCUUAA